UGCUUGAACGCCGAAAGUGUGGCGCAUCCCAAACGGGGCCAUUCAAACCACAAUAUUUUAUCCGUUUACUCUUCCAUAAGCAACUCCUUUAAUUUUCCAGCGAUGUCGUUUCCUCUGACGAUCAACGUCGAUACACAGAGCGUCACGUCGGAUCUGCCGAGUUCGUUGUCGUCUUCCGUAAACACCGUUGAUGAUAUGUGCGAACCAUCACCCUCAUCAUCCCAUACCGAUUCUGAAUCGCCACGGGAUCGUCGACUUCAUCACUGCACUCAUCCUCAUUGUGGGAAGGUCUAUACUAAAAGCAGUCAUCUGAAGGCACACUACAGGACUCAUACUGGCGAGAAGCCGUACUCGUGUCCAUGGCCCGGAUGUGAAUGGCGGUUCGCACGUUCAGAUGAACUCACACGCCACUACCGUAAACACACUGGCGAUCGGCCCUUUAAAUGUGCUCAAUGCUCGCGAGCUUUUUCACGUAGUGAUCACCUCAGUCUACAUAUGAAACGGCAUUUCUAA